UGGCUGCGAGGUUAUAAAGGCUUGAGCUCUCGCUGCGACGUUGUUGUUCAUUCCGUGGCCGCGCUCUUGUGGGGUUAUCUCUAGAGCCAGUUUGUAGGUCCUGUCCUUCUGACUAAAGCAGCAGCAAUGGUGGAGGAGGCGCGUUUUCUCUUCUGGCAGAAACUUUUCUCAGCGUGUCUGGUGUUUGGGGUGGAAGGAGACCCCUGUGCUGUGAACACGUGUGACAACGGGGGAACCUGUGUGACUGGAACGGGGACUCCGUUUAUUUGCAUCUGUCCCGAUGGCUUUUCUGGAGACAUCUGCAAUGAAACUGAGACGGGACCAUGCAUCCCAAACCCAUGUGAAAAUGAUGGCGCCUGCGAGGCGACGAGCCAGUCUCGACGAGGAGAUGUCUUCAGCGAGUAUGUCUGCAAGUGCCAGCCAGGAUUUGAAGGAAUUCACUGCCAGAACAGUGUCCAGAGAGCAGAUUUAUUUUCCCAAAAAGAUGUGAACGACUGUGCUGUUCAGCCUUGUGAGAAUGGAGGCACCUGUAGGGACCUUGAUGGAGAUUUCCUUUGCCAUUGUCCUUCUCCUUAUGUAGGCAAACACUGCCAGCUGCGUUGUAUUUCUCUGCUUGGCAUGGAUGGAGGGGGCAUCGCUGAGUCCCAGAUUACGGCCUCAUCGGUGCGCUACACUCUGCUGGGUCUGCAGCGCUGGGGCCCGGAGUUGGCCCGCCUUAACAACAAGGGACUGGUUAAUGCCUGGAGUGCAGCUGCACAUGACAAGAACCCAUGGAUCGAGAUCAACAUGCGGGGAAAGAUGCGACUUACAGGCAUCAUCACCCAGGGUGCCAGUCGCAUCGGCACAGCAGAGUUCAUCAAAGUCUUUAAGGUGGCCUCUAGCCUGGACGGCAAGACCUAUACCAUGUACAGGAAAGAAGGAGACCAGAAGGACCAGAUAUUUAUGGCGAACGUGGACAAUGAAAGCACCAAGACCAACACAUUUGACCCCCCAAUCAUCGCCCAGUACAUCCGCAUUAUUCCUGUAGUGUGUCGCAAAGCUUGCACUCUGCGUAUGGAGCUCGUGGGCUGUGAACUCGAUGUGUAUUCCAACACUUCAGGUUGUUCAGAGCCGUUGGGCAUGAAGUCCAGAUUGGUGUCAAACAACCAGAUCACUGCCUCUAGCACCUUCCAAACCUGGGGCCUGGAGGCUUUCACCUGGUACCCACACUUCGCCCGCCUGGACAAACAGGGCAAGACCAAUGCUUGGACAGCUGCCACCAACAGCCGAUCUGAAUGGCUUCAGGUGGACUUGUUGUCUCCUAAGAAGGUAACUGGGAUCAUCACUCAGGGGGCAAAAGACUUUGGCACCAUCCAGUUCAUUACGUUUUUUAAGGUUGCCCAAAGUAACAAUGGAAGGUUCUGGACUACAGUGAAGGACCAGACCACAGGAAAGGACAAGAUUUUCACUGGGAACAGCGACAACAACGUUCACAAAAAGAACCUCUUUGAACCGGCGCUCUUCAGCAGGUAUAUCCGCAUCCUGCCAUGGGAGUGGCACGAGCGUAUCACCCUUCGAAUGGAACUUCUGGGAUGUAAUGAGUAGAACCUCUCAAUGAUGCCCCUAUUCACUUCACCUCCUCCUCUCUCCCUUUCCCAUCCUGAGCAACACCUGCACUGCCUUGCUCUCAGCUGUAGGGGGCAGCAAACAACAGAGUAGCACUCUACCCAAACCUUGGCUGGUCACAAGUUGAAGUUUCUACAGCCACUGGUUGUAACCUGGAACACCUUUGUUUGCAAGAUUCUUAGCUAUGAUUCCUUUUCUUGACUCUUUUUCCCCUGAACCGAUUCGGCUAUUCCUCCUUCACUAGAUUAAAGAUGGUGGUAGCUGCCUUGUAGAUGAAAGACUGCUUGUGUAUAAUUUGUUGCUGCCUAAAUUCUGAUCCUAGAUCAGCUCUACCUGGAACAUUAGACCUCCAAGACCCACAGCUGGUGCUGUAAACAACCCCAUGAAACCACCUGAGCAUGACCUUUGACCUUAUGUGAUCUUUCUACAGAGUGCAAGUUAUCUUGAGAAGAUGCUUUGAGUUAAUUUUCUUCAAAAAAAUAGAAAAUAUAAAUUAUUUUAGCAAGUAACCUGAGGGUUAGCAUCUUUACUGUGACUCUUUAAAAAUGUUUAUUAACAGUAAUAUGUAUAUAUUUGUUUAUUGAUGAGAAAGAAGAGAGCAAACUGCCCCAGCAGCGUUUUAUUACAUUUCAGGUUGGACCGUAACAUUUAGUUUCUCUUGUAGCUUUUUGUUCAGUUCUUAAACGGUUUAAAGGGCAGGGUGAAGAAAAGCUUAGACUUGGCACCAACAGCUUUUCAGAACGUCUUCUUUGUGGAGGAAUUUUCUGACAAAUCUGGGAAACGCUGAACCGAUGAGUCACGCUUCAAAGUGAAAUGUUGAGUACUGGUUUUUGUUGUUUAUAAUCGGUCGGUGAAGCAUCCCAAUCAUUCAGGCAACAGACGUUUCCUCAGACAGACGACCGAGUCGCAGGGGAGGUUUAAACAUGCUGCUUUUAUGCACUGAUCAGAGACCUUAAAUAAGAGCUCACGCUUUAAAGUGUUACAUUAACCUUUCAGAAAGAAAUAACUUGUUUUUAUUCACUUGACUUUUUUUGGACUGUAUAUGACUGUUUUAAAUGAUGUGUCAAAUAAAUUGAAUUGAGUGCA